CAUUCCUCACAACUCCAUUAUCCCUUUCUUAGGGAAAGCACUAGGGAAGCAAAAAUGGCGUUCUCGAAGUACUUUCCCAUUUCUAUGCUUGCCCUUCUCUGCCUGAGCCUCUUCUCCGUUUGUGUCCGCGCUGAUUUCUACAGAGACAUGACCCUCACAUGGGGAGGCCCAAGAGCUCAGAUUCUGAGCGGUGGCAGUCUCCUCACACUUGCUCUGGACCGGGGCUCUGGCUCCGGCUUCCAAUCCAAAGACGAGUACUUGUUCGGAAAGAUCGACAUGCAGAUCAAACUCGUUCCCGGAAAUUCAGCCGGCACGGUCACUGCUUAUUACCUUUCAUCUCAAGGGCCAACACAUGAUGAGAUAGACUUCGAGUUCUUAGGCAACUUGAGUGGAGAGCCCUAUAUCUUGCACACCAACGUCUUCGCACAGGGGAAGGGGAGCAAAGAGCAACAAUUCUACCUGUGGUUCGAUCCAAGGGCCGACUUCCACACCUACUCCAUCCUGUGGAACCCUCUGCAGAUAGUGUUUUUGGUUGACGGGACGCCGAUCAGGGUGUUCCAUAACGCCGAGUCCAGGGGCAUCCCGUACCCAAAGAACCAACCCAUGAGGCUCUACUCGAGCCUCUGGAACGCAGAUGACUGGGCGACUCGAGGCGGGCUCGUAAAGAUCGACUGGUCCAAGGCACCCUUCACAGCAUCCUACCGGGGCUUCGCCGCCGACGCCUGCGUUGCUAACGCCGGCAGAUCAUCGUGCUUAAACGGCCCACAGAAAAGCUGGUGGGCGCAGUCGCUGGACGCUGGGGCACGGCUCAAAAUGCAGUGGGCUAGAAAGAACUACAUGAUCUACAACUACUGCACAGACUACAAGCGCUUCCCUCAGGGCUUCCCCCCGGAGUGCUCCCUUGAAAUGUGAUGCGAUGAAGGAAGGACAUGAACAUAGCGUGUUGUAUGUAUGGAUAUGAAGAGUUUGGUUUCUUACGUAUGUUGUUGUUUGCAUGCUCCAUGGAUGAUAACAUGUUCAUAAAUGUUUAUGAAGUAAUAAUUAAGAUGUCAUUAUAUAAGAUCAUAUAGAAACCAGAUUAUGGUA